GUUUAUUUAGAGUAAAACGCAUUAGGAUUGCCGCUGCCACUCUAUACCUAGGCGGACCGUACCGGAGAAUCUACUAUAACUUACAUCUACAUGUCACCAGCAUCUGACGUACGGCCCGGAUCCGGUUCUUACCGUUACUCCUGCCAUAACGACGAGGGCGCGUGCAGGCCCACACGCUUAGUAACGGGACUUUGCGAUAUCGGAAACAGUCGCGUUAAGUUUUAGUCUGAGGCGAUGAUUCAAAAUGAAAGUUUCCAAAGAACCUGGUCAAACAUGGGAUAGGACCUACAUAUUUGGAUCUAUAAUUCAAAUAUUUACUGUUAUAUCAGUGGUCUCUGUGACUGACGGACAGUGCCCGAGUAAACUAAAGAUGCACUCCUUCUCUUGUUUUGGUGACUACAACACCCAGUUCCUCAACAUGCAGAAAAGUCAACGGACGCUGUUCUCGGGAGUGGACGUUGAACUACUGCGGGCAUUCUGCAGUGCUUACAUGUCCGCCAUGUCAUGUAUCAACCAGCUGAAGGCCGAGUGUGGGGAGGAUCACCACCAUGUGAUCGAUGUCCCUCUAAUCAAUCUCAAUGGCGCCACCGACGAGCUGUCCUUUAUGUGCCAAAAUGACGACAUAUACGAAGUGUAUGCCCGCCACAUGAGCUGCUACAUGGUACACGGGAGCUAUUCGGAACGCUGUUUUCAUGACGUCAUGAAUACUACAAGUCGAUUUCUGAAACGCGUGAACUGGAAAUCCUUGGAUGACCUGUGCAGGGAUCUGAGUCAGGUGAUGCAGUGUAUCAAGGACAACAUUGGCCGGAGCUGUGGUCAAGAGGCGGCGAGUCUGAUGGACGUGCUGGCUAAACCGAUGGUUCGGAGCAGUACAAUGUGUGACAGGCACGUGUUCUCAACAAAGGUUUAUUCGGAAACUUAUCAAAGGACUACAUUUGUUCCACCGGAAGGUACAAAUAGGCGUGUGAUAUCCAUCCGCGAGAGUGAUUCGUACAAUGGCGGAGGACGGACUACUUUAUAUCCACUUAUCUUGAUAAUCUGUGUUGUGAUAAGCUUGAGUACCACAAGGUCAAAGCAUUUAUUUUAUAAUGAACGGAGAAUUUGACCUAAAUGUUAUGAAUUGAUGCUACCGGGCUUUCAAAGUUAUUUAUUAUUGUUUAGAGCGACGACAGUUCAGUUAGUUUUUUUGUACGGUUAUUUAUUAUUUAUUGUUGUUCACAAGGACCAGAGGUACUGACACAAUACUCAAACAUGGCUUAAAUUGUAAAGUGAGUCUGACAGUUCGUCACCCAAGGUGUUACAGCUAAUGUUCGGCCAUCAUGAACAGUGUUGUGGUAUUGAUCAAUGUCCAAAUUGACAGAGGAUGUUGACGGAAAGGACAAUGGUAAAAAUCUAGUUUACCUUCAGAGCCUUCUUGAUGACGACAAAGUUAUUGUCCAAAUGGGCAUGUUUCUAUAACAAGGACUUGGAAUUCCAGGUACACAGUCGUCGACGAGAAAUGGCAUUGAUAACAAAGUCUGAACCGGAAGCGGAAUGUUUAUUAUAACAUCCGAGGCGAUAAUAUGAUCCUUACAGUAAUAUCAAAAAUCACAAUGGACGUCAAAUACGACUGUGAGAACGUUACAGCAGUGCCCAUGUUAUGAUAGGGGUUCACGGCAUUAACGUCCAAGGUGCCAUGUGAUCUGCGGAGUACCUUGUAUGUUCGAGGAUGCUUUGUGGUGGUCCAGCAACGACAGUGACUCGUGCCAAUGUACGUCAUCUACUUACCUUGUCCCCAUGGUGACAGACAAAGUUCUGUCUAAAGGAAUGAUGAUAUUAUGACGUCAAAUCCAGUGGUUGCCAUACUUAAGUACAACGCUGAUUCUGUCCAGCGAACUCCGGAAGAAAGCAACAUUCCAUUCUGUAAUUGACAAUGAUCUAUAAUAGAAAUCCAUAAGCAGAGUUUAUAUAUAGAUAAUAUGACGAGGUGUGACGUCGACACCGACGAGCCAGCUACGUCACUAAUCUCUAGAACACCGUAUAAUAUGUAUACAAGUCAAAUCUCAUUCAUACAUUUGUGUCGAAAGUAUCAAAGUGUUCUACGUCAUUCAUAUCGGUGUUCUACGUCACUUUUCUCAGGAUAUUGCGUCACCCAUGUCACUGUUCUUUGAGUGAACUUAUCAGAAUCGUCUUAAAAUACUGUUUUCUGUUUUUAAACAAAAUUCAAAGUUGUUCAGCAAUAAGCUUGAACUUUGAGACGACAAACCAGAUAUAUGAUGUUAAUUAUAAGGAGUCAGAAAAUGGAUUUAACAUUUAAGUUAAGAAAUGUAUUUAUAUGUUUUUAUUAUAUACAUAUUUAUUUUCUCGUAAGUCAGAGAUUUUAUAUUUUUGACAUCCCGUUUUACUCAACUCGUCCACGUUGAUUUCAUUAGCCACUAUUUGCGGCUCGAAACGGAACCCAUGUAUGUAUGUAGAUAUAGAAAAUAUCCCAUCCGUGUACUAAUCACGAAACCCUAAACUAAUGACAAUAUGAUAUACGAUAAAACACCAUAAUCUGUUCACAGCUAUAGGCCUACAAUGUUGCAAUAACUUGUUCUCGCUAUCACCUUGACCACGGGCACUAGUUGUACAAAAUAACUCCUAUGUAAUGGUUUCUAGACUUUCAUUUUGUUUUUAAAUUUGAAUUUGAUAUAUUUUAUCUUACAGUGCAAGUCAGUGUAAUGCCAAUAGGGUCACCGUUCAAUCAAGUGUCCCCUAAUAUGUAUAUUUUUAAUGGAUCAUAUAUACUAGGUGUUUUACUGUUUUAUCAUGUUUUAUCAAUGACAAAAAUGUGGAAGGUAUUUGGUAAUCAAAGUUGAACAAAAAUGUAUCCCGAAUUGUACCGGAACAAUAACAGUAUGAUACAGUAACAAAAUUAACAGCGAUCGUACGGACGUUACGGGGAAAUGCGUAUAGCCAAUGAGUCUGGGAGUAGACUUUCCUGACAGUUUUUCUGUUAAGCUGAUAAGCAAGUCAGGAAACAACAAGAAUCCUCCCAAAAAAUCUAUUCCCGAGACAUCCCUGAUAAACAGGAAGUCGCUGAUUCAUAAUUGUUGUCUAUUCAUAACAACGCCGUCAGCCGUGUUUUGGAUAAAAACGAAAUCAGUUGUGUUCUUGUAAAGUCAGAGAAGAUUGUCGAUAAACGAUCAUCGCUAACCACUUACACAAAGUGAAAUAUUUGCAAUGUAGGUGCAAUUCAACUCUUUAUUCCGUUGGUAUGAUUCAAACUCUGACUUUACUUUGAAUUUUGAUAUCCAUCACAUUCUGUUUUAUAAUACUCUAAAUAUGUACUUGCACGCGGCGCCAUAUUACAUAUAAUGUAUCAAUGUCCAAUGUGGUGGUUGUUUUUACAUAAAAAGGAAUGAUUUAAAUGGAGGGAAAAAAAAAUGUUUUGCACUAAAAAGUACGAGAAUGCGUGACUUCAUUUUCCUGAUGACAUAGGACUGGUGAACAUGUUAUAUGUACAAGAUGGACGAUCAUUGACUUCCGGUUUACCAGAUGUUUCUGUGUACUUUCUAUGGAAAAAGCUCUAUUAUACCCAUUAUUUUAAUAACUUCAUUUUAACACGUAUGUAUCUGAUAUAUAUGUGUUUGAACAUAUCAGUACACAUGUUAGUCGUAAAAAUGUGUUUUAGGAAGCCCAAGAACACAUAUGUACCUUGUAUAGAUAUGGAGCAGUUACUGUGUUCACAGCCAUGUGAUUGUUCAUAAGAUGGCGGUAUUAUCACGUGACUUACCACGUGAUUAACAGUGUAGAAAUAACUUGUCAAGAUGCAGAUUUUGAAUUCAUUCUUCUUACAAUUAUAUUUCGAAAAUACAUCAUUGUUACUGGUUUGA